AUGGAAAGACUGACAACUAGGGGACCACCUGGCCAUCCUCACCAGGUGGAGGCCUCUGCUUGCUGGCGGCUUACUGUGAAGGUCCUGGAGGCCAGGAACCUGGGCUGGGCUGACCUGUUGAGUGAGGCAGACCCCUAUGUGACUCUACAGCUGCCCACUGCACCUGGGACAAAGUUUAAAACCAAAACAAUCACAAACUCCAGUCAUCCUGUAUGGAAUGAGACCUUCAGUUUCCUGAUCCAGAGUCGGGUCAAGAAUAUUCUGGAGCUAAACAUCUAUGAUGAGGACCCCGUCACGGAGGAUGAUGCCUGCUUCAAGAUUCUCUAUGACGUCUCAGAAGUCCUCCCUGGCCAGCUGCUCCAGAAGACCUUCUCCCUGCGUCCCCAGGGACAGGAGGAGCUGGACGUGGAGUUCCUGAUGGAAAAAACGUCAGAACGCCCAGAAAACCUCAUCACCAACAACGUCCUUGUGGCCCGAGAGCUGUCAUGCCUGGAUGUCCAUCUGGUCAGCAUUGGGAGCACAGCCACGGUCACAGAUCAGGAUGAGCUGGAGUUGGUGCUGAAGGGCUCAUAUGAAGACACACAGACCUCUGCACUACGCACAGCAUCCUUCCGCUUCCAUUACAUGGCAGCCCAAGAGGCAGAACUGAGUGGGCAUCUGAAGAGGUUGGAAAGGAAUGCCUGGACUUCAGACAAGUCAGCUGAGCACCUCACUGUGCCUCUAAGGUCCUUGGCCAUGGGAAAGGAGGUGACCAUUAACGUUCCUGCUACAAACGCCCCAGAAGUGAGGCUGCAGCUCAAGACUGAGGGCUGCCCUAAGGAGCUGGCUAUGCACCUGGGCUUUGAUCUGUGUGCAGAGGAGAAAGCUUUCCUGAGCAGGAGGAAGCAGGUGGUGGCCAAGGCUCUCAAGCAGGUCUUGCAGCUGGACAGAGACCUACAGGAGGAUGAGGUCCCUGUUGUGGGCAUAAUGGCCACAGGAGGAGGUGCCCGGGCCAUGACGUCUCUCUACGGCCACCUGUUGGCCCUACAGAAGCUGGGCCUCCUGGACUGUGUGACCUACUUCAGUGGCAUCUCAGGCUCCACAUGGACAAUGGCCCACCUCUACGGGGACCCGGAGUGGUCACAGGGGGACCUCGAAGGGCCCAUCAAAUGUGCUAGAGAGCACCUGGCCAAGAGCAAACUGGAGGCCUUCUCCCCAGAGCGCCUAGCAAGCUACUGCCGGGAGCUGGAGCUGCGGGCUAAGCAGGGCCACCCCAAGACCUUUGUGGACCUGUGGGCUCUCGUGCUGGAGUCCAUGCUGCAUGGCCAGGUGAUGGAUCAGAAGCUGUCGGAACAGAGAGCUGCACUGGAGCGGGGCCAGAACCCUCUGCCCCUCUACUUGAGCCUCAACGUCAAAGAGAACCAUCUGGAGACCCUGGACUUCAAGGAGUGGGUAGAGUUUUCACCCUAUGAGGUGGGGUUCCUGAAGUAUGGAGCCUUUGUCCCUUCUGAUCUCUUUGGCUCUGAGUUCUUCAUGGGGCGGCUGAUGAGGAAGCUCCCUGAGUCCCGGAUCUGCUUUCUGGAAGGUAUCUGGAGCAACGUUUUGUCCCUGAACUUGCUGGAUGCCUGGUAUGACCUCAUCAGCUCUGAUGACACCUGGAAGCAGCAUGUCAAGGACAAAAUUAAGAACCUGGAGGAGUCUCCUGCCUCCGUGAGGACCUCCUCACGGCUGGAGGCCUCCUGGCUGCAACCCGGAACAAUGCUGGCCAAGGCAUUUAAGGGCUUCCUGACAGGCAGGCCGCUCCACCAGCAUAGUCUCAACUUCCUUCGGGGCCUCCAGUUGCACCAGGACUACUAUAGCCAGAGAGACUUCUCCACCUGGGCAGACUGUGAGCUAGACUCCACCCCUGGUCAGCUUACGCCUCAGGAGCCACAGCUCUGCCUGGUAGAUGGCGGCUACUUCCUCAACACCAGCUGUCCCUCCAUGUUCCGGCCAGGCCGCAGACUGGACCUCAUACUCUCCUUCGACUACUCCCUAUCCUCACCCUUUAAGACGCUGCAGCAGACUGAGCUGUACUGCCGGGCCCGGGGACUGCCAUUCCCUCGAGUGGACCCCAACCCUCAGGACCAACACCAGCCAACAGAGUGCCACCUCUUCUCGGACCCCACUCACCCUGAUACCCCUGUCCUGCUGCACUUCCCACUGGUCAAUGCCUCCUUUAAGGACCACUCAGCCCCUGGUGUCCUACGCAGCCCCACAGAGCUCCCAGCUGGCCAGGUGGAUCUCACUGGGACCGCCUCACCCUAUUCCCUAUUCAACAUGACCUACAAGGAGGAAGAUUUUGAUCGCCUGCUGCAGCUUAGUGACUACAAUGUACGGAACAGCCAGGAUGCCAUUCUGCAGGCCUUGAGGAUGGCCGUGAAACACCGGGCCCUGGGGGCCAGGCCUCCAACAGCACAGAAUUGA